UUCAAAUUUGAAGUUUUCCUCUUCCUGACCUAUGGCUAAAACUGCCUUUCAACUCCUAUCUCUAACUUUCCAUUCUGCGUCCAAGCUAAUAGCUGAUGAAAUUAAGAACUCUGCUGGAUCGCAUCCAGCAUUUCGAUCAGGAAUCAUAUUACUUGGGCAGAAACACAACCACUUAAUUGCAAAUAUGGAAAAGAUACUCAUCGAUGAAAGCAAAAUUGACAUCAAAUUUGAAAAAUUAGACGAGGAGAAAGCAAUUAGCGUCGCAUCCAGCUUACUUGCCGAGUCUUUCAUUAUCUCGGUGAGUAUUUCAAAAAUUUAAUAGAGAUUGAAUCUAUUUUGUGUUUGUUGAAUAUAGAUGGUUCCGUUUUGUGUUUGUUGAAGCUCAGAUUUAAUGGAGAUUGAAUCCAUUUUGUGUUUGUUGAAUAAAGAAGUUUCCGUUUUGUGUUGGUUGAACUUCAGAUUUAAUAGAGAUUGAAUCCAUUUUGUGUUUGUUGAAUAGAGAAGGUUCCGUUUUGUGUUGGUUGAACUUCAGAUUUUAUAGAGAUUGAAUCCUUUUUGUGUUUGUUGAAUAGAGAUGGUUCUGUUUUGUUCGUUGAACUUCAGAUUUAAUAGAGAUUGAAUCCAUUUUGUGUUUGGUGAAUAUGGAUGGUUCCGUUUUGUGUUUGUUGAACCUCAGAUUUAAUAGAGAUUGAAUCUAUUUUGUGUUUGUUGAAUAUAGAUGGUUCCGUUUUGUGUUUGUUGAAGCUCAGAUUUAAUGGAGAUUGAAUCCAUUUUGUGUUUGUUGAAUAAAGAAGUUUCCGUUUUGUGUUGGUUGAACUUCAGAUUUAAUAGAGAUUGAAUCCAUUUUGUGUUUGUUGAAUAGAGAAGGUUCCGUUUUGUGUUGGUUGAACUUCAGAUUUUAUAGAGAUUGAAUCCUUUUUGUGUUUGUUGAAUAGAGAUGGUUCUGUUUUGUUCGUUGAACUUCAGAUUUAAUGGAGAUUGAAUCUAUUUUGUGUUUGUUGAAUAUAGAUGGUUCCGUUUUGUGUUUGUUGAAGCUCAGAUUUAAUGGAGAUUGAAUCCAUUUUGUGUUUGUUGAAUAGAGAAGUUUCCGUUUUGUGUUGGUUGAACUUCAGAUUUAAUAGAGAUUGAAUCCAUUUUGUGUUUGUUGAAUAGAGAAGGUUCCGUUUUGUGUUGGUUGAACUUCAGAUUUUAUAGAGAUUGAAUCCUUUUUGUGUUUGUUGAAUAGAGAUGGUUCUGUUUUGUUCGUUGAACUUCAGAUUUAAUAGAGAUUGGAUCCUUUUUGUGUUUGUUGAAUAGAGAUGGUUCCGUUUUGUUUGUUGAACUUCAGAUUUAACAGAGAUGGAAUCCAUUUUGUGUUUGUUGAAUAGAGAUGGUUCCGUUUUGUAUUUGUUGAACCUCUUGACCUCCCAGUACUUACAAGACGUCCAAGUUCUCCAAAUUUCCCCAAAAAAAUCUCGUGGACAUGGUUGUUGAACUUUACCUCCCACCAAUUAUUAAGAGUUUUUCUAAUGUUUUAAUGUUGGUGAAAGAUGCCCAAAGGAGCACCAAACAGUCUCCAAAUGUGAUCAGUGACUUCCCCUUCAAUGGAAGUGUGUUUUAUAGAAUCAUCCACUGAAAUUUGACAGCAAAAACACUUGGAUGAAUUUUGAAUGCCAAAUCUGGAAUUGCUUCAUCGAAUAGAAAUUUUCCUCGGUACAAUCUCCAAACUAAGAAGGAGAAUUUGAGAGGCUGGGCUUAUCUUGUGGUGACUCCAAACCACCUAUGCAUCCAAAGAUGUAAUGGAGAAGUUGACGGUUUUGAAGGAGGAACUUCUAGAAGAUCUUGAUGGCAUGGGGGAAAGGGUGGAGACAUUGGAGCAUGAUGUCUUCAAAACCUAUGCGCAACUAAAAGUCACACAAAUGCUCAAUGGCAUUCCUUUUGAGAAGAAAGUCAUCCAGCAGCUCCUUGCUCUAAAAAGGAUAAAAGAGGGGAAGUUGAAGCUUGGUGCACCAACACAAAUGCUCAAUGGCAUUCCUUUUGAGAAGAAAGUCAACCAGCAGCUCCUUGCUCUAAAAAGGAUAAAAGAGGGGAAUGUUGAAGCUUGGUGCACCAACCAGCAACUCCUUACUCUAAAAGAGAUAAAAGAGGGGAAGUUGAAGCUUGGUGCACCUUUCUUGCAUUUUACAUCUUAAGAAUUUACUUUUCAAUAAUAGUUUUCCAAGUAUAGUUUGAACAGUCCACAAGCAAUAUAAAGACUCUAAGUGAGAUCACGGAUUUUACACGUAUGUUUGAAAUAUAUGAGCAAUCUAAAGAAAUAAGUGGGAUUAUGAGUUUUACAUGUAUGUUUGAAGAAUAUGAGCAAUAUAAAGAGAUCUUGUUCUUUUAUAAACAAUUCUUUUCCAA